UCGAGCAAAUUUAUCAUGCAAACCCGGUAAAGGCUGGUUCUAGAAUAGGGAGGCCCAUUACAGAUACCAUCUCUAUCGCUCUUCCUCUUCUGGUAUCUUUCUCUGUCUAGAUUUGGCCACCGAAACCCCGCAUUCCAUGGGGUCUAUGCUCGGUGACUGGCCUUCCUUUGACCCUCACAACUUUAGCCAACUUAGACCCACUGAUCCUUCCAAUCCAUCGAAAAUGACUCCUGCUACUUAUCAUCCUACUCACAACCGUACUCUUCCACCACCUGAUCAAGUGAUAACUACUGAAGCCAAAAAUAUUCUUCUGAGAAACUUCUAUGAGCGAGCUGAAGAGAAGUUAAGACCAAAGAGAGCUGCCUCCGAAAAUCUAAUACCAGAGCAUGGUUGCAAGCAGCCUAGGGCUUCUACUUCAUGCUAAGCUUUGUUUACUGUUGGAAGUACAACAUGCCGGUUGUCAAUGUAAAUACAAGUCAAGUCAUGUCAUGUCAUGCCAAAUGUGUCAAUUUGUGUGAAAGGGAUUUGCUUGCGCAAUGCUCUGAACUUUAGAGCCAUACAUGUAGAUAUGUGUGUAGAAGUGAGAUUUACAGCUGAGUAAUCAAAUAUAAAAGAUUGAGAUGAAUAGUCAUGCUUCGCAUUAA